AUGUACGAAGAGAAGCAUAUGUGGGGUACUGCAUAUCUAAGAGGAAAAUUCUUUGCUGGCUUUAAAACUACAUCAAGAUGUGAAGGUUUACACUCAGUUGUGGGAAGGUAUGUGGGGUCGUGGUAUGAUUUGACAAGUUUUGCAGAGCAUUUUCAAAGGUGUGUUGCACACAUGCGCUUUAAAGAAUUUAAUGCUGAUUAUGAAUCUACACAUGGGGUGCCCGUCAUGCAAACAUGUAUAGAGCUGCGAGAGAGAUAUGCUGCUGAGUUAUACACUCAUGAGAUAUUUCUUUUCUUUCGGCCAUUUCUCUCUAGAGCUAGAUCAAUGCGGGUGCUAAACAUAGAUAAUACCAAUGAUUGCAUAAAGUACAUUGUGUGUAAGCAUGGGAGGCCCAAUUUUAUGUGGACCGUUGAUUUUCGUCAAGAAGAAAUGAUCUUCAUGUGUACCUGUUUAAGAAUGGAGUCAUUUGGAAUUUUCUGCGAACAUAUUGUGAAAGUUCUGGUUGACAGAGACAUCUGUGAGAUUUUCCGAUCAUUGGUAUUGGAUAGAUGGACAAAAAAGGUUAAAUCAGCACUCAAUGAUCCAAGUGGGUUCACCAGGGAUGCUGUUGUUAUUAGUCGUCAAAGUGCCUUGGUGGAAUUUUCUAAACAAUUGGCUGUUGUUGCUGCUAAAGUACCAGAGAGAUAUGAAGAGACAUGUGACCUAAUUAUGGGAUUGUACUCAUCUUACAAGGCUGCAGAUGAAGGCACUAAUCAACCUCAGUCAGGUGUAGCUAAAAGUAGCAAUCCGUAUGUGCAUCAAAGCGGAGUAGGUUCAGGACAACCAUCUAGGAAGAAGCGGCAACGUUGUAGUGUUUGUCAAAUGGAAGGACAUAAGAAGACAAUAUGUCCUUGGCAAAAGGACAUUGACAACAACAUUAUUGAAGAUGAAGCUAAUGGUUCAGAUGAUGGCGACGUAUAUCCAGAACUGACGGCUGAGUUAGAUAGUGAUAAUUAG